UAGGCCCGAAACGUCAGCUUUUGUGCUCCUGAGAUGCUGCUUGGCCUGCUGUGUUCAUCCAGCCUCACAUUUUAUUAUCAUGGGUAUUGAAGGGACUGCUCCGCCCCUGUUCCCGCUUCAGUUUGGGUCUUAGCCAAAGCGACCUUCACUUUGCACAGGGUUGUCUCUGAAAAGGAAAUGGAAAAAUACAGCACUUAGCAAGUCAAAGUCAACAGACGGUAUAAAAGUCUCUGAUUUGGUUAAUCUCCCGCCCUCUCCUGUCAAGCAAAGAGUUCUCCCUUUCCAUUGUGAACCAGAAUAGAUCCUCGAGAGUUAUUCUCUGAAAUUUCAAUUUAAGUUUUUUUUAAAAAGUGAGAGUUCCAUUUAUUUAAGGCCGACCCAUUGAACCUGUGUGCGUUUUGUUCAAAAUCACAUUAUUUGGGUGAGGAUUUUUUUAAGGGCAAACCGAAAAGGCGAGUGACGCGGGGAAAACUGAGCUGCCUCCUGCUCUGAAGAACAGACGCAGUUUACACGUACAGCCGGAGAGCUGCCUGAAUCCUUCAGGAAAGGCGCUACAGGAGAGGGGCAACAGGCGGCACCGAGACCCCGCUCGCCUCCUCCAUCCUUCUCUCCCCCUGACGCUCAGCGAUCACCAUGAAACCCGCCGGCUUCCCUUACCUCGGUCUGUUGUGUGCGACUCUCGUUUCGUGUCAGCUCCCACCAGGAAAAAGGAACUUUAAAUGUGGAGGAAUACGAAGUGGAGAGUCAGGUUUUAUUGGAAGUGAGGGAUUCCCUAGACUCUACCCGCCCAACAGUAAAUGUACUUGGAAAAUCACGGUACCAAAAGGCCGUGUGGUGGCUCUCAAUUUUCGCUUCCUCGAUCUAGAACGGGACACUCUCUGCAGAUAUGAUUACAUUGAUGUCUAUGAUGGGCACAUCAAUAGCCAGCGGUUGGGCAGGUUUUGUGGUACUUCAAAGCCUGGAGCCGUCAUCUCAACUGGCAACAAGAUGAUGGUACAGAUGGUAACCGAUGCCAACACUGCAGGAAAUGGUUUCGUUGCUAUGUUCUCUGCAGUUCGGCCAAACCAGAGAAAUGAUCAGUUUUGUGGUGGUCUUUUGGAAAAAUCACCUGGUUCCUUCAAAACACCCAACUGGCCAGACCAUGAUUACCCAGCUGGAGUCUCCUGCUCAUGGCACAUCGUGGCACCCAAACAUCAGAUAAUUGAAUUAAAGUUUGAGAAGUUUGAUGUUGAAAGAGAUAACUACUGUCGGUAUGAUUACGUUUCUGUAUUUAAUGGUGGUGAAAAUGACGAAGCAAAACGGAUUGGAAAAUACUGUGGCGACAGUCCUCCUGCGCCAGUUCUAUCCCAGGAAAAUGAAAUUGUCGUGCAGUUUCUUUCGGAUCUCAGUGUCACAGCCGAUGGGUUUCUGGCUCAUUACAAAUUCAGGUCGAAAAAAUUUCUCAGCACAACAACUUCUCCAGUCACAGCUGUAGUGACAACAACAGUGAAACCUACCAUAGCCCCGUGCCAACUCAAGUGUAAAAAAACUGGAACCCUGCGCAGUAAUUACUGUGCUAGUGACUUUGUGCUAACUGGCACAGUCAUAACUGCUAUAACACGCAAUGGCAGUAUUCACACCACCAUCUCUGUUAUAAAUAUUUUCAAAGAGGGCAGAAUGGCAAUUCAACAAGCAGGGAAAAACAUGAGCGUCAAAAUAAUUUCAGUCUGUAAGAAGUGUCCAAUCAUUAAACGAGGACUGAAUUAUAUUUUCAUGGGUCAAGUAGAUGAAGCAGGCAGAGGUCGAGUGCUUCCUAAUAGCUUUGUCAUGCCCUACAGAUCAAAGAACCAAAGGUUUUUGAACAACGUAAAAAACAGACGAUGCUAAACACAUUGCAACAGAAAGACUUUAUUUUCUAUUUAUGGUGCAGGUAAUCGUCUACAGGUAGUUUUCUAUAAUUGAUUACAGGAGGCUUUCUGCUGGCAAAUAAAAGCAUUGAAAUGCAAAGUUGGUGAAACGUAUCCAACGAAAGUGCUGAGAAGAAUUUGGAUAUGUUAUGAAUGUGCCAAUCCUUGUACUAGCAAAAAUAAAUUCUGAACAGAAUGAUUAGCCCCAAAAUAAUGUUGCAUUUGGAAUUAUCUUCUUAUUUAUAACAAUGCUGACAGAGAUUGAGCCAAAUGUUUAUCUUAUAUACUAUAUUGUAAUAGAUUAUAUAGGACUGAAGUGCAAUAAUGAAUUACAGAGAUGAUAGGUGAUGUUUUAUGACUGGUUUGUUUGAAACUGACAAUUGUUUUUGAAUUUGUGUUUCUAAAGUCACUCUUUGCAUUAUGUAUCU